AAAAGAUCCCCCAUCUCCUUUCCAAGCACAGAAUUUGCUGCUCCCCUUCCCCGUUUGGGCACAGGGUCUGCCCCCAACUCUGGUUCUCCAAAGUGCACAUGCUUCAUUGGAAGACGCAGGCUGAGAUGGCACGGCCGUCGGAAGACCUGUUGUAGGGGGAGGACAGGCCCCCAACGGUGCCCCCACUCAGGGUCGACUCCAAGCGUCAGGGCGGAGACAGUCACCCACAGGGCGCAGGCACAGUAUCCGUGGUAAUGUGCGUGGGCGAGUCGUGAUUGCAGUCCGUCCCAGGGCCACAGCUCUUAACAGUUUAUAGUGCUUCACGCCUCUAAUCUCAUUGGAGCCUUUGCAAUAGCCCUGCCCAUAGGCACCGAUGCCCCUAUUCACACGUGAAGAAACUGAGGCUUUACGAGCUAGAAGCCCCUCCGAAGGUUGCCCGGGAAACGUGUGACCCUGUAGGGACGAGAACCCGACCCUCGGCGGCCGGGCCGGCUCCCGGGCUCCUCCCCCAACCCUCCCUCCUCCACGCGGUCCCCGGGGUGUGCCUGCCGCUGCGCGCGCCUCGCCGCGACUACACGGCCGGGGCUCCGGCAGCCCCCCGCCUCGAGGACGCGGGGUCCCGGACCCGCGGAGGCCCCGCCGCUGAAGGUGUGCACGGUCCUCAGCGCCCCUACCAGGCACCAUGGACUGGAAGACACUCCAGGCCCUACUGAGUGGUGUGAACAAGUACUCCACAGCAUUUGGGCGCAUCUGGCUGUCAGUGGUGUUUGUCUUCCGUGUGUUGGUGUACGUGGUGGCCGCAGAGCGCGUGUGGGGAGACGAGCAGAAGGACUUUGACUGCAACACCAAGCAGCCGGGCUGCACCAAUGUGUGCUAUGACAACUUCUUCCCCAUCUCCAACAUCCGCCUCUGGGCCCUGCAGCUCAUCUUCGUCACAUGCCCCUCGCUGCUGGUUAUCCUGCACGUGGCCUACCGUGAGGAGCGGGAGCGGCGGCACCGCCAGAAGCACGGUGACCAGUGCGCCAAGCUAUACGACAAUGCGGGCAAGAAGCACGGCGGCCUGUGGUGGACCUACCUGUUCAGCCUCAUCUUCAAGCUCAUCAUCGAAUUCGUCUUCCUCUAUGUGCUGCACACUCUCUGGUAUGGCUUCGGCAUGCCACGCCUGGUACAGUGUGCCAAUGUGGCACCCUGCCCCAAUACCGUAGACUGCUACAUUGCCCGGCCCACCGAGAAAAAGGUCUUCACCUACUUCAUGGUGGGCGCCUCUGCUGUCUGCAUCGUGCUCACCAUCAGCGAGAUCUGCUACCUCAUCUUCCACAGGGUCCUAAGAGGCAUGCGCAAGAGCAAGCCCACAGGCUGUCACAACCACAGAUCCUGUGCCAGCCGGGCCUCCACCUGCCGCUGCCACCACAAGCUGGUGGAUGCUGGGGAGCUGGGCCUGGACUCAAGUGGUGACAAGCUACAUGCUUCAGCACCCAUCCAGACCCCCAUCUGACCACGGGCUGGGUAGCGAUACCGGGGCUGCCAACAGAAACAGGUUGGGAGGUAUUGUGCCGGUGGAGGGGUCCUACAGGUGCUGGGUGUCUCCACUUUGAAUUCACUAAGCUAUGCAAUUUCAUUUGGGGCAGAUACUUUUUGAGCACUGGGCACUGUGCUAAAUACCUGGGUAUAGAUCACACCACAGGCCCAGUGCCACCCCUUGGGGGAGACAGACACUGAAACAAGCAAAUUAACUACUGCCCACAGGGGAUGCUCAGGGCACUCAUAGCAGAGCUUCUGCCUAACCCUAGAGGCAGCGAUCAGGUGAGACUUCCCUGAGGAAGUAGUAUUUAAGAGAGGUGAGAAGUACUUCCAAGCAGAGAGAACGGCAGGCACAGAGGCCCAGAGGCCACAAAAAGAGAGAUGCUUGCCCUGAGUUGGAUGCACCAGACCAAAAAGAAUCUUCCUUCCCUCUGGAGAAUCACCCAGAUUCCUGCAGUGGAGAGGAAGGAUUCUGCCAGCACUCGGAGGUCUGGAGGCCUGAGAAUGAAGUUGGGAAGAGGAGGAGGAGGCUCUGGCACCAGCCACUCCUCAAGACAACCAGAGAUCCUGUGAGUCAUUACUGCUCUCAAGGGAAGUCCUCCUACCCCAGACUCCGCUCUCCCAGCCGCAGAAAGCCUUGUUCCCAUCUUCCUCCCUACAAACGUGCUCGGUCUGGUGCCAGCCUUUCAGAUCUGCUCCGUGGGACCCAGGGUGGAUGCCCUGAUAGGAACAUCCCCAAGGCAGUUUCCUUGGAAUCAAUAAAGGCUGUGUUUUAUACAG